UAAAUACGGACUCCGGAGGCGCGCACGGACACGGGGCUUUUCUUUCUGGUAGACAUCGUCGGAGCGGCAGCGACCACCACCGGCGCGGAGGAGGCGGCGGGUUUUCUUUCUCGGCGGCGAUAGAGGUCUGUGAGCUGGAGGUCUUGACCAUGGAGGCGGAGGUGCAAGCGCGCGAGGAGUUGGAUGAGGUGGCGUGCGAGUGCUGCGGCUUCACGGAGGAGUGCACGGGCCCGUACAUCGCCGGCGUGCGCGCGCGGUACGGGGGGAGGUGGAUCUGCGGGCUCUGCGGGGACGCCGUCGCGGAGGAGAUGUGCAGGGCCUCGCCGCCGGUGUCGCCCGCGGAGGCGCUCGACCGCCACGCCUGCGUGUGCGGCGAGGGGCGCCGCGCGUCCGCGUCCGCGCCGCCGUCUCCGGGCGACGAGCUCAUAGCGGCCCUGCGGCUGCUCCUCCGCCGCAGGCUGGGCUCGCCGUCGCCGCCGAGGCUGGUCCGCUCCACGCCGAGCAGCCCGAGGCGCGACGCCGUCGUCCCCGCCACGGCCGUGGGCGCCGGGCCCGGCGCCGGCGCCGGCGCCCCGCUCGCGCGCACCGAGAGCUGCUUCGCCGCACUCGUGGAGUAGCAACCGUGCAAGAGGCAAAAACGAGGCCCCGAAAAUCAAAAAAAUAAAUGGUAGUCUUUUCUAGUUUCAUUUUGCAAUUUUCCUUAAGCCUCUGUAAAUAUGCAUGCCAUGUAAUCCCGUUUCUAGCUUAGGAUGCAGCUGUGAGAGGAAUAAAACCAAUGUGUACAGAGAACAGUGACAAAAAAUAUGAGUAAAUGAAAGUGGAAGUAAUUCCAUGUUUUAUCGAGCA